AUGUCUAACGAAACGCUCUCGACCCCCGAGCAGGUUGCUGCUGCCGAGAAGCUUCAGCUUCUCAAGAGCCCUGUCCUCACCGACCGAACCGACUCUCUGCCGCUCACUAACCGCGGAGGAACCCAUCCCGAUCUGAGCCUUUUCGGUGACCGUUUCGAGCAAGAUACCCCCCAGUUCCAGAAGCACGAGGACGCUAGUCUUCUCGAACUUUUCUUCGACCUCCUUUUCGCCGCCAACUACACAGUCUUUUCCCAGACACAGGGUGUGAACAGCCACGAACGCUUCAAAGCCUAUGUUGGAUACUUUAGCAUUCUGUGGAUCACAUGGCUCGUCGUCAGUUUGUACGAUGUUCGUUUCGUGACGGACAGCAUUUUCGAGCGUUUGGCCAGAGCUGUCCACCUCGGUGUGAUGAUUGGUUUUGCCGUGGUUGCCCCCAACUUCAAGCCGACCGACCAGAAUUUACAGACCAUGAGGGUUAUGUCCCUUAUUUUGUGCGUCUCACGUUUUUGUUUGGCUGUUGAAUAUGGAAGCAUUCUCUGGCACAUCCGAAAGUACAAGAAGCCAAGACUGCCCAUGUUGCUGCAAAUCGGCGCAAACUUUGCCGCCUCCAUGGUCUACUUGGGCAUCACGUUCCGGUUCAGACAUGGUAACAGCCAGGUUUACAUCGCGUGGUACAUCAUGGCGGCUGCCGAGAUCGUCGUUACCUUCUCUCUCGCCGUCAUUUUCCCUGUGCUCAGCUUCACCGGCACGCACUUGAUGAAGCGCAUGAGCACCAUGACGGUCCUCUUUUUGGGCGAUGGCGUGGUUAUCGUGGCCCAGAAUGUCGUAACUAUUGUCAAGGGCCCAGACGCCUGGGACUCCCAAACUAUUGGAAUCGUCACGGCUGCCGCCACGACAAUCUACUGCGUCUUCCUCGUCUACUUUGACUGGAUCAAGACCUCGUACCUUCCCACCUUCCGCCAGCAGUUGUGGAGUCUCCUGCACUUCCCCUUCCACCUUUCCAUGGUACUCUUCAUGCAGGGCUUCACACAGUUCAUCAUCUGGUCUAAGAUCAUGGACACUAUCAACAACAUGUCGUUUGACUCCAUUUUCAACACUGCCGAAGGCGUUGCAAAGGCUACCACCUCCCAGGUGGUCGACAACUUGACCAAAUUGAUCAACAAGUUCUUCGAGGACUACCCGCCCAAGUACACUGCCACUGUGAACAAUGUCCAGUGGGCCAUCGGAAACAUCUCUGAAAUUCCAGACAGCUUCUGGCCGGGUCUCGCCAAAUACGCCACCACAGGCGAGGACAAGGAUGCGCCAAACGAGGACCAGCUGAACACCUUCUUCACAUACUUCAAUGAUAUGUCUACCUCGAUGGAGAACUCCCUCCUCGAGACCUUUGGCAUUGAUCUCGUGGAGGAGGUUACAGAUGACAACAAGAACAUCACCGAAACUGGUCUGGAGACCAAGGUCAAUGAGAAGAUGUGGGCCCGCUUUGAUCUUGUGUUCCAAUACGCCUAUAUCGCCGCAGGAAUCACUCUCAUCCUGAUGACUGUCCUCACUAUUGUCGCUCGCACCAAGCCCUGGGGCCUGUGGGGCAUCAUCCGUACCGGCCUCUACUUCGCUCUCGGCCUCGGCCUGAGCCUCAUCUCCCUCCUCCACUACAACCAGACCGACGCCAACAACUACAAGGACAGCCCCUGGUUGCUACCCACCAUCUGCCUCGUCUGGUUUAUCGUCCUGGCAAUCACCCACAUCCGAAACCCGCCGCCGCUGUUCUUCAAGCGCAGCCCAUCCUUCUUCAACAAGCCCAAGCACGACUAUGACUCCGUUGUCCCCAUGUCGGACACCACCGGUCACAAGGAGGCUAAUAACAGUGCUCAGAUGGCUUAG